AUUUCAACAAAACAAAGCAGCAAAGCAAGCAAGUUCAUUCUGCAUUCAACUUCCUUUUUCCUCUUCUCUUCUGUUGUGAAAUCUAAGUGCAAAAAUAAUGGCAAAGAAUGUAGCUCAAUCUCCCCUGGAGACCAGCAUGGCUUCACUUGACCAAAGGUUGGCCAUGGCCAAACGUUGUUCUCAUGAGGGAGUGGUUGCAGGAGCAAAGGCAGCUGUCCUUGCUAGCAUUGCUACUGCUAUCCCAACUUUUGCUAGUGCAAGAAUGCUUCCAUGGGCAAGAGCUAAUCUCAAUCACACUGCCCAAGCUCUCAUCAUCUCCACAGUUGCUGGAGCAGCCUAUUUCAUAGUCGCUGACAAGACUGUCCUAGCUACAGCAAGGAAGAACUCAUUUGAGCAUGCUUCCAACAAUUGAAGAAGCAUGGAUUCUAGUUUUUACUGUGAUCAAUUAUGUGAGAUUCAUCUACUGUGGUGUAUAAAUAAGAUGAGCUUCACGUAUGAAGCUAAGACAAAUAUGUAUCCAACAAUUGGAGUAAUCAAAUGGGGAACAAAGUUAGUUUACUUACUUGGUUUACCAAUAGUCGUUACACAAACACCGCCCAUCUCUGAAAUGAUGGGACGGAUUUCUGUCUCUAGCUAUGAUUCCUCUAUUAAAGAUCUUUGAAAUCA